AGAAAAAGCAAGAAAGGAUAGAAGCGUAGGAGAGAGAGAAAAAGAAACGAACACAAAAAGUAAUUUCAUGGAUCCUUUGCGUCGCCUAAUCUCUGUCUUGUUUCCGACUUCAUCUUCAUCUUCAUCAUCCUCCUUGAUUCUUCUCCUCUCGCUCCUCUUCUGCGCCGCCUCCGCCACCGCUGCGGACUUCGACAUCGAACCCAUCACCUUCGACGAGGCCUACUCUCCUCUCUUCGGCGACGCCAACCUCAUCCGCUCCGACGAUGACAGGAGCGUCCGCCUCCUCCUCGACCGCUACUCCGGGUCGGGUUUCAUCUCCUCCAAUCUCUACAAGUAUGGCUUCUUCACCGCGAAGAUUAAGCUGCCAUCGGAUUACACGGCCGGCAUAGUCGUCGCGUUCUAUACAUCGAACGGCGACGUGUUCGAGAAGACCCACGACGAGCUGGACAUAGAGUUCCUGGGGAACAUAAGGGGGAAGAAGUGGAGGUUCCAGACCAACUUGUACGGGAACGGGAGCACGAGCCGAGGGAGGGAAGAGCGGUACACUCUCUGGUUCGAUCCCACCAGGACGUUCCAUCGCUACAGCAUCCUUUGGACCGCCAACAACAUCAUAUUUUACGUGGAUGAAGUCCCCAUCCGAGAAAUAAUUCGGAACGACGCCAUGGGCGGCGACUAUCCGGCAAAACCGAUGGCCCUGUACGCCACCAUCUGGGACGCCUCCGACUGGGCCACCUCCGGCGGCCGCUACAAGGUCAACUACAAGUACGCCCCCUUUGUUACCGAGUUCAAGGACCUCUUCCUCCAGGGCUGCCCUGUCAACCCCCUCGAUCAAUACCCAUCCGACCACUGCUACGACAAGCUCGCCCUCCUCGACGCCCAGGACUUCUCCACUGUCACUGCUGCGCGGCGCAUGGCCAUGCGGCAGUUCCGGCAGAACUACAUGUACUACUCCUACUGCUAUGACACUGUUCGAUACCCGAUUCCCCCGCCUGAGUGCGUGAUCCUCCCGUCGGAGAAGGAGCGGUUCAAGGACACCGGGCGGCUCAAGUUCGGUGGCAGCCACAAGAGGCGGUCGCGGCGGACCCGGUGGAGGGGGCAGAUCCCGGCGGUGUCAGAGUCGGAGGAUCAGUCGAUGAUGUAGUUUGACUAUUAGCUGUAAUUACACGUGCCUAGACUUUUUAUCUGAUUCUAUUUCUUGCCCUUCUAUUGGGGUUGGUCGAGAUUUUCGCCUCUCUCA